AUGUCGCUCCCACACACUCGUUCACGGUCGCCGUCGCCGUCGCCGGCCGCUUCAACUAUCCUGCCAGCCGACGACACGAUUGCGACACCGCUUUCGCCGGCUGCGAGAGCUGAUACUGCCCCGCUGCUGUAUCAGAAGGUGAUCCGAUGGAUUAAAGGUCCUGUCCCGCCCCGGGAUACAACGCUCAAACCGUGGUUUCCAGAGUACCAGGAGAUUCCGGCGAAGCUUCUGCGGCGUGGGCCGUUCAAGCAGAGGAGUUGGAGGGCGGCGCUGUUGGGUCUGUUUUGGUUUGUGUGGUUGACGACGUUUGUUGCUGUUGUGCACAAUUCGAGGUUCCGCAGCAGGGUUGAUGGGGUGACGCCGUAUAUGGCGAGUUGCGCGGAUACGAUGUGGGCAAAGAACAAUGGAUGCGGCCUUGACGGUGCUUCCUGUGGCCCUUUCCAGAACUAUACACAACCAUUCCGCUGCCCGGCCCAGUGUGCCAGGACACAUGUACUCAACCCGCGGGUCGUCGGAGACCAGGUAAUCAUCUACGACACGUUUGUGAUCGGCGGGCCCGUCAACAACGUGAGCAUCUCUGAUCAGGGAGCAGAGGAUAUCGAUUCUGUAUAUCGCUCCGACUCCUUCAUCUGCUCCGCGGCAAUCCACGCAGGUGUCAUCUCAGACAAAUACGGCGGCUGCGGUGUCUACUCCAUGGUGGGAGAAAACCACUAUUUCCCCAGUGUCAGGAAGCACGGCAUCUCCUCGAUCGGCUUCGAUUCGGUGUUCCCGUCUUCGUUCACGUUUCUCAAGGGCGUGUCUACUUCGCACUGCACUGAUCUGCGCUGGCAUCUUCUUGCAGUAUCGUUGGUGUUCACCGUACUACUCUCUUUGACAACUACUACACCAGUGAUAUUAUUUCCCUCGGUGUUCUGCGCCCUCUUUUUCCACGUCGCUCUAGGCUCGGACCCAGAAGCCUACUCAAACCCCUACGAGCUGGUCUCGCUCGCACUAUCCCGCUUCCUCCCCGCCUGUUUCGUUGCCUAUGUUCUCUUCAAGCACGUAAUCUCCUACACGCUCGCGCUCCCCUCCUCCGCCAACAUCGAAAAGACCAUCCUCUGGCUCGGCCCCCUCUGGGUCGGCGCCCUCAACAACAUCACAAUCGACCCCCUCAUCCCCAUCACGCGCCUCACCUCCCGCGACAUCCAGCAGCAACCCGGCGCCAUCUCAGCCCUCGUCAUCGUCUGCUCAAUCAUCACCCUCAUCGUCCUCUACCACGCCCACGCCCUGCGCCUCGAGGGCCGCCUCCCCCGCUACCUCGCCCUCUACGCCGCCAUCGGCAUCGUCCUCGGCUUCCUCGCCGCCAUCCCGGGCUCCUCGCUGCGCAUUCACCACUACAUCAUCGGCAUCACCCUCCUGCCGGGCACAAAGAUGCGCACGCGCGUCUCGCUCAUCUGCUCCGGCCUGCUGAUCGGCCUCUUCAUCAACGGCGUGGCGCGGUGGGGGUUCGCGGGGAUCAUUGAGACGCCCGAGUCGCUGCGCGGCGACGGGCUCUACUUCUCGACGCUGCCGGUCCUGGUGGCGCCGCAGGUGGGGGCGGCGAAUGCGACAUUUGCGUGGGAGGCGGGGAAGCUGCGCGGGUGGGAGGAGGGCGUGAGUGUGCUGAUUAACGAUGUGGAGAGGUUUAGGGUGCCCGGGUUGACGGGUGAGGCGACGUGGGAGAGGACUAGGUAUGGGGCGGAGGAGGAGUGGGAGAAGCUGUAUGUUCGGGUGGGGUAUUAUGGAGGUGGGGAGGCGGGCGAUUAUACGUUGGCGGGGGUGCUGGAGGGGAAUGGGACGUGGGUGCAGCCGGGGGUUGGCAGGUCGUAG